GUGGUACUUCAUUCAAUGCUGUCUGUCACAUUGAAUGGAAGAGAAAAAAGUACUGAGCUGGUUGUUAGUUGUUUCACAUAUUUAAAUAACAAUAGUUUGAUGAGAACACGUAUGCUGAAUUGAAAAUAUUGUCUGCACUCAUCAGUAUUACGUCGCGAGCGGAGCUUGAGAGUGGGUUUAAAAAAUAUAUAUACCAAAAAACUAGCAGCUGAACAAGUGUUUUCAUCCCCCAAAACGAAACGAUGUAGUGAAGAAGCAGCAGCAGUGACAAAACAAAUUGUUCAAUGGUGAUGUUCCGAGGUGGUGUUAUGUUUUGGAUAAUGAAUUUGGCAGGCGCAUCGCUUCGGUCGGAAGACCGAUUAUACUUCUGCUCCAAAGGUUAUUAUCAACGAUAUUAGGUCUGACAUCACAGUGGUUCUAUCCGCUGUCAUAAACGAGCGCUUCGCUGGAAACGUGAAAAGAACACGUCAUUACCGUAAAUAAGGCAAACGAUGAAGCUCGGUCGUGUUAAGAUUUAACACCGAUUAGUUCCUACCAAAUCACAAUUCGGAAAAGAGUGUCAAAAAUUUGAAUUUUUUAUUUUCACUAGUGUUAAGAUAAGGUCUCGCGAUAACAACGAGCAACAUGAUUCUUCGACAAUUGAUGGGACUUAACACCUGGGUUCGGGUGUUGAUUGCAUUUAUAUCCGUGUGGGUGAUUCUUGUCCUGGUUUUUUAUUCUAAGCUGAAUACGGGAGGAGCAAGUGAUAGCGAGGAUGCGAUAAGGAGAUUAAACCAAGCAUUAAAUUACUUAGAAAAAUCGAAGCAAGUAGACGCGGAAUUACGCACCCUUAUAGAUGAAUACCUCAGCGACACUUCCUACAAUAGGAAGCAGAAGUUUGUCGAUGAGCUUGGUAACAAGCUGCAAAUCCAGGGAGCCGGUGCAGGGCACUUCAAAGGCGUCCCCUCGCUAGAAUACGAACAGUUGCAUCGCAGAGUUUAUAGCAACACUCAGGAACUAUGGAAUUUCUUGCAUUCCGAGAUGGUUAAAACGGCGAAAAUAACCAGGCAUAAUAAUCCGGAAAUCGUGCCAUCGUUGGAAAACUUUCUGUCCUUGGCGGCGGAACACAAACGUUCAUUACUCAACGACAUCAAUCAAAUGCGAGCCAGCGAUGGGUAUGAGUUCUGGCGUUACAAAGAAUCCAAGGAUCUAAGCGAUUUGGUUCAGAGGAGACUAACUUAUUUGCAAAAUCCCGAAGACUGCAGCUCUGCGCGUAAACUCGUCUGUAGAUUGAACAAGGGUUGCGGAUAUGGCUGCCAACUGCAUCAUGUGGUCUAUUGUUUCAUCAUGGCAUACGCCACAGAAAGAACACUGAUUUUGAAGUCUAAAGGAUGGCGCUAUCACAAAGCUGGUUGGGAAGAAGUGUUCCAACCCAUUUCCGAUUCUUGUUUGGAUGCGAACGGAGCGACACAUGCAAGCUGGCCAGGAACGAGUGAUACCCAAGUUCUGACGGUGCCGAUCAUUGACUCUCUGAAUCCGAGGCCACCGUAUCUGCCGUUGGCUAUUCCAGCCGAUUUGGCACCACGUCUGACGAAGCUCCAUGGCGAUCCAAUCGUCUGGUGGAUUGGUCAAUUCUUGAAAUACCUACUUAAGCCGACUGGCGAAACCCGACAAAUGCUAGAAAAUGGCAUAGAAAAGCUUGGCUUUCGGAAGCCAAUUGUGGGACUCCAUGUGAGACGAACUGACAAGGUUGGUACCGAAGCGGCAUUCCAUGGAAUUGAAGAGUACAUGAUGGCAGUAGAAGAUUAUUACGAUCAGGUGGAAAUGGUGGAAGCUAUCGAUAAGCGAAGAGUAUUCAUAGCAAGUGAUGAUCCAAAGGUGAUCGAUGAGGCCAAAUCGAAGUACCCACAUUAUGAGGUGAUCGGCGAUCCAGACGUGGCCAAAGUGGCAGCUGUUUCUACGCGUUAUACUGAUUCCUCGUUGAACGGAAUCAUUUUGGAUAUUCAUUUACUCUCGCUGAGCGACUAUUUGGUUUGUACCUUCAGCUCUCAGGUAUGUCGCGUAGCCUAUGAAAUCAUGCAAACGUUGUAUCCGGAUGCGUCUAAUCGAUUCAAAUCGCUGGACGAUAUUUACUAUUACGGAGGCCAGAAUGCCCACAAUCGAGAGGUGGUUUUACCACAUAAUCCCAAAAAUCACGACGAGAUUCACAUGCGCAAAGGUGACGUCGUCGGAGUGGCCGGUAAUCACUGGAAUGGGUUCUCCAAGGGUAAAAACGUUCGCACCAACCAGGUGGGAUUAUUCCCAUCGUUCAAAGUUAACGAUAAAAUAGAAGUUGUGGAUCUGCCGACUUAUCCCAACGUAAAAUAAUUCAGACUCAGACGCAUCGUUUCGUUUUCCUCAUAUUUACCGGAUUCGUAUGAUUUUGAUACUGGAUUAUUUACAAAGCACGCUAGAACUGGAUGUGAUAGAUCGAGUGUAUGAGUGAGUACGGGCGCAAAGUGAAACUGUGAACAUACAUUUAUAUUUUGUUGCAUCCCAGGGUAGACUUUACGAACUUUUACAUCAAACACAAAACAACAAUCAAGCAGCAAACAAACAGAACAAGGAUAGUUUUAAUUAUUGUAGCAUAUGCUAGGGAAACCAUAAGUCAUCACUGUGUCGGCGACAUUUAAAACGACCUACCAACAAACUAAGCAUUAAUUUAUACAAACAAAUGAGCAGUAAAGCAAUUACCAGAUGUGUUAAUAUGAA